AAGCAUUGCCGUGUUUUGACUCCAGAUACUGUUCGGUAACCGACGAGGGAGGAACAUAAACCGCUGUUUUUCGGCAAAGCGCGCCACAUCGCGAGUGUCAAUUGUUAUUUUUCCAAGGUGUGCGCUCUUUUUUCUGUUUCUGGCUGGCGUUACAGACGAUUGAGGAUAAAUAGACUUAAAGAGGCUGAAUGUGCAAUAUGUCAAUUUUUUUCGCUGCGUGAUCCGGUGGACUAAUAAAACUACUAGAUAUGAAUACGGUGGUUUUGGAGGCCAGGCCUUUCAGGCCUUUCAAGUCCAGCGAGGAGUAUCUGUAUGCGAUGAAGGAAGAUCUUGCCGAGUGGCUUCAGAUGCUGUAUCCUCAUCUCAAUAUUAGCGUGGAGAACUUCAUGGAAAGACUGGAAACUGGAGUCGCCCUUUGUGAGCAUGCAAAUGCAGUGAAACGACAGGCUGGAGAGUAUGUGGAGAAGAAGCAAGCGAAAAAGUAUAUGACAAGAUCUGUCACGGGAUCACUUGCUCAUGCCCAAACUUUGGCCAGGAUAGCAGAAGUAAAAUAUUUUUCGACAGCCAAGCCUGGUACAUUCUUUGCUAGGGAUAACGUGAGCAACUUCAUAAACUGGUGUCGCAUAUGCCUAGAAAUAAUAGAAUGCCUUCUUUUCGAAUCAGACGAUCUAAUCAUGAGGAAAAACGAGAAACAUGUUAUAUUAUGUCUCUUGGAGGUUGCCAGAAGAGGAGCGAAAUUCGGCAUGUUAGCACCCAUGUUAGUACAGAUGGAACGACAGAUCGACAGAGAAAUUGCAGCAGAUCAGAAGAAAAUGGGGGUUAGUUUUCACGAUGGUUUAGUCAAUGACAGUGGCAUUGGGGAUGAUGAGAGCGAUAGCGAUAUGGAGGAUGAAGAACCCGUGUUAAUGUAUGGACCUGUACCACAGAUCGUCACUAAUGAUCUAAAGAGUCUGGACGAAAUGGUGAGAGACCUCGUCGAAAAAUGUACUUGUCCUACACAAUUUCCAAUGAUUCGAGUAUCUGAGGGAAAAUACAGGAUUGGAGACACAAAAGUGCUAAUAUUUGUCAGGAUAUUAAGAAACCACGUUAUGGUGCGAGUUGGCGGAGGAUGGGACACACUAUCACAUUACCUGGACAAACACGAUCCCUGCAGAUGUCGCUCGCAGCAUCGAACUACACAAGGGGCCCGUCUCGUGAACAAACCUGGCGCUGCUGACCUGCAUGGAUCUCAUGUAUAUUAUGAGAGAUCACCAGGGCCAUCAGCUCAUAGCACCCCAACACAUUCAUCAUCAGGUCCAAACUCUCUCUUGGGACCUCCAAUGCACUCCAUCAGCCGAUCGAGAUCUAGAUCGCCCUCUCAACUCUACAAAUCCGAUGACAGAAGAUCAGUUAGUCCAAAUGUAUCGCGAAAGAGCCUAAUGCCGCCUUCUAAUAGGUCUAGGAGUCCUACACCGAACUUCAUAUCCACCCAUCAGACCAAGUUAUCCACCAACAAGAGUCCAAAACAUCAGGCCAACACGUCUCCUAAAAUUGCGAAGAAACAUGUUUCUACCUUGCAAAUCCCUAUAGACAAGGGGAUAACAAAACAAGAUAUUUUGAAGUCCGAAGCCACUUUGGUGGUCAACGAUCAAUUGACUGACCACAGCGACACAACCUCUGAGAUGUCCGAUGAAGGAUAUAGGAGUUUAGGAAUCGUCAACGAUAAAUCGAAGAAAAGGUCUUCUGUUUACAGUCAGCAUUCAGCUGAAGAUGCUGAAGAAAAUGAGCAUAAAUUAGACUGUGACGAAGACCUUAACGACAUAGGACUACGAAAGACUCAGUAUUCUCAGAAAAUCUACGAAACCGAAUCAAAACCAACAAUCACGUCCGACAAGUCAGUACAAGAAGAAAAGAAACCAUCCUACAAGCGUUCCAACAGCCUCGAUGGCAAAGAGAUACCGUCCAUCCCAAAACUCAACGGCUCUCCGUACAAAAAAGUUGUCCAGUGUAAAGUCAACACUUGGAACAACUCACCUAAGCGCCAAAGGAGCUCUUUGACACCAGAAACUUUCACAUCCCCAUUCACAAGGAAUUCCAUGACGAGAAGAAGCGUUUCUGCACUUGGAUACGAUAGAAAGUCCUCUAGUACAAACACAUCACCUACUAAGGGUAGACUCAGACAGGAGUUAUUGAAAACUGUUAAAAACACAGACGAUGAUUCCCUUAUGGCCAUACAAAUACAAGAACUGUUGAAAAAAUAUGGCAGUUUGAAUAUGUUGGAUAACGAUGAUGAACAACAGUUUAGGAGUCUACCUCAUGAGAGUACUUUCAAAAGAUCCACGGGUAGAAUGAGCAUAAGAAGUUCUAGAAAAGAUUCCAGGCCUGAUAUUUUGCAUUCGAGAAUUCCAGCUCCUAUCUCUCAUAAGGCCUGAAUUAGUUGUACGUUUUUAGAUUCAUUCUGAAAUAUUGACUUUAUAAGUAAACCAUCAAGAUUUUUGGAAUCUUUUUACAUAAAGAAAUAUCUUGAGAAAUAUUAUGGUGAUAUUUUUAUAAUCUUAGGAAGUAUUCAUUUCCCCAUAUUCUAGUACAGCAAAUAGUCUAUUGCUCAAAAGAAACGUUGAUAUCAACUGGCUCAUAUUUAAAGAGAGUCCAAUACAGGCGCUUUCAAGUCUUUUUUGCAAGAGCUUAUCGUUGAAAGUUACCAAUAAAUAUUAUUUGAAGUUGUCACUGAGCAAGUGUUAAAUUGUUUUAGGCUGGUACCUAUAAACGAAAAUUAUAGCACUCUUUGAAGCAUGCGCUGAUCAUUAUCAUUAUGAUUUUGUUGCUCAAAUGGAUAUCAUGCGAAUUUACUUAACAGUCUGUUAUUGUAUUGGGCAGAAUAGAUUACACUAUUUAUAGAUAAGAAUUUUAUUAACACUUUACCAAUCGGAUUCUGAAAGGAAAACCAAUUGUUUUAAUAUAUUGAAAUGAUUUGAUAUUCAAAAUAUUUUACUGGAUAUGCAAAUUUUAUUCUGGAUACCAAUUUCUCAAGUGAAACAACAACAUAUCUGAAGUGCUCUUUAGUUGCGAGCAGAAAUCAUUAUUUUGAUUUGAGCAAAAUUUAAAGCAUAAGUUUUAGUUUUGAUAUCGUUUGUUAAGUAUUGACAUUAUAAUAUUAUUAACAUACAUGUGUUCAUUAUUGUCAUCUCAUUGACGUUCUGAGACGAUUUGCAAUUCAUUUUACAUUGUCUGCUGUUAUUUUGAGCAGAAAAUAUGACUUAUUUUUAAAUAUCAUCUGAAAUAGACUGUAUUUGUAUAAUUUGGUAAAAUAUAAAUUGAAAUAUUAAAAAAAAAUGUUUCUAUUA